AUGCGACGGAUAUCGAGACUCAGAAGGCCAUCUGGUCUGCCUGUCCCGGCGGCAGCGUCGCGCUCAAGCAUUGCGCCUCAGUGCCCGCAAGCAACAGCUCUGUUUUCUUCGAGCUCCCAGACUACCAUCCCCAGCUCUUCACGACGACCAACGAGCACAACUCUUCGUCAGCUCCCCACGCUCGGCCGAUUCUACUCUUCUGAGAAGGAUCCGAUUCCCCAGAGCUUAAGUGAAGGCACGACGAGCGAACCCAUCCCGACCGCCGAUGAAGCGAACUGGGAAGAUGUCCCUGCCGACCCUUCCCAAUUACAACAGAUAUAUGUGCCUCCACCUAAAUACACCUACGCCACGCGCCCCGACGAGGUCUCUGACCCGUCUUACACACCCGCAGCCACGUUUGACGGUCUCGAAACAGUCGGCGGCCUGGGCAAUUGGUGGGACCAGCAGCAUUGGAGCAAGGUAGGCAACUUCAUGGGCUUCAAGCCGCGGACAAAGGUCACCAACCCUCUUCUUCUCGAGGCUUCCGUGCGCCGCGCCGUGGUCGAGGCGUUUGCCCUCCGGCAGGCUGGACGAGAGGACGACUUAACGGGUGUGUGGCCGGUGGGAGGACAGGAGGAGCUGCAGCGGACUAUGGAGCUUGACGUUCAGUGUGCCGAGGAUGGCGUUCCGUCGAUAAAUGGCGAUAUAUCCGCCAUUGUGGACGGGCUGCAGUGGAAUGACGAGGUGGCCACAGAAGCGUCAGCACCACCUAGUCCUGCGGUGAAGGGCUCGGUAUUCUCAUCGGAAGAUAUCUUGAAGUUCAAAGAGGCUUGGACCGGUCGCUGGAAAUACACAUCGCUGGUGGACCCGAGGUUCCGAUUUGCCGUUACGAAGCGGAUAUUCCAGCUUACAGGGCACCUCGUACCCGACCAUCAGCUGUCAGGCAUCGCUGAUGUCCAGACAUUGCUCCACCUGGUGCAGAAGCCUCCCAAGCCAAACACCUUGACUGAGGAGAUCCAAAAACGGCGGCAGGACUUGGUACAGCUACCCAACGUGUCAAUUGCUACCAAGCGUGUCACCCGGGGCGACAAGGAGAAGGCACUGGGACGAUUCAAGCUAAUCGAGGAGGAGCUGAAGAAGAGAGAUCUACCGGUGCAAGGUCACGGCGGUGCCAGGAAGAACAGAGAGAUGCAAAUUCUUCAGGGUGGAAUGUAA